AACACAGAACCUGACUGAAGACAAGACCUAAGUCUUCUCUCUCACAGGAUCAGAGGCUGUAGCAAUGGAAGUGGUCUCAACCUCAGUUGGCAAGUUUACGGUUGAUCUUUUCAACAAGCUGAAUGAGACCAACAAGGGAAAAAACAUUUUCUUUUCCCCUUGGAGCAUAUCAGCUGCUCUGGCUCUGACAUACCUGGGUGCAAAAGGGAAUACAGCAACUGAGAUGGCAGAGGUUCUUCAUUUUACUCAAGCAGCAGGAGCUGAAGCCUCUUCUUCUGUGGCCAGGCCUUCUCGGGGGAGACCGAAGAGAAGAAAAAUGGAUCCUGAGAACAAGCAAGUUGCAGAUAUCCAUUCUGGCUUCAAAAAGCUCCUGACUGCCAUCAACAAAUCCAGAAGCACCUACUCGCUGAGAAAUGCCAACCGCAUUUACGUGGAAAAAAGCUUUCUUGUUAUUUUUCAGACCUAUAUACAGCUCAGUAAGAACUACUACAAAGCAGAACCACAGAAGGUUAACUUUAAGACAGCACCAGAACAAACUGGAAAGGAAAUCAACGCUUGGGUUGAAAAACAAACUGAGGGCAAAAUCAAGAAUUUGUUGAGUCCACGAGAUGUGUCAAACACCACCGAGUUGAUCCUGGUAAAUGCAAUUUACUUCAAGGCAGAAUGGGAAGUGAAAUUUCAGGGAGGACAUACAGAUCUGCAAGCCUUCCGACUGAGCAAGAACAAGACCAAGCCUGUAAAGAUGAUGUACAUGAGAAAUACAUUUCCAGUUCUCAUCAUGGAAAGAAUGAACUUCAAAAUGAUUGAGUUGCCAUAUGUGAAACAUGAACUCAGUAUGUUCAUCCUCCUUCCUGAUGACAUCAAAGACAACACUACGGGUCUUGAACAGCUGGAAAGAGAACUGACCUAUGAGAAGCUGUCCAAAUGGACUGAUUCCAAGAUGACUGAAACUCUUGUGGAUCUGUACCUACCUAAGUUCAAAAUGGAAGAGAGAUAUGACCUCAGUGAUAAUUUGGUCAGGAUGGGAAUGCACGGUGCCUUCAGCAGCAAUGCUGAUUUCAGUGGAAUGAUUGAGAAGGAUGUUCUGCAGAUCUCCAAAGUUUUUCACAAGUCUUUUGUCGCAGUUGAUGAAAAGGGCACUGAGGCAGCUGCUGCUACUGCUGUCAUUACAGAGUUAGCAAGUGCACCUGUUGGCCAUGUUCUGAAAUUUAAGAUUGAUCACCCUUUCUUCUUCUUCAUCAGACACAACAAAUCCAAGAGCAUCCUCUUUUUUGGUAGAUUCUGCUCUCCCCUAGAAUGAAUUAUUACUUGCUCUCAGACAGCAACCAAGGUUCACUGUUCAAUGGAAAAAUGUGAACUGCAGUGCUAAAAUCUCAACCUUAUGCCAUAUAGCCACCUCUACUGAAAGUGUAUGUUCUUUUCCCCCCAACCCCAAUCCCCCUCAAAGAAGGCAGCAUCCAGCAACUAUCCUGUGCCAUCAAAGAUCACUCUUUUACUGUUCCUUUCCAUUGUCCUAAUGAGACAGCCCUCCACAGAAAAUAGAGUGUGGAAUUUUGCUCCCUUGUAUCAAACCUGCUCUUCUGGCUUUGUUGUUUGAGAGUAAGGUGGAGUCAUAAAAGCCCUCUGCACCUAGCUAGAUGCCAUCAUCUAGCCUAUGUCAAAUGCUGACUUCAAGGGAAGCGCAGCUCAUUCUCUUGGCUCUCCCAGAGAGAAAAAAAACCCCAAAAAUUAAAAAAAAGAACUUGUAGAAACCUGUUUGACCUCUUUUCCUCACUGGGAAGUGAGGAAUUUGUAUUUCCUUAUGUUAAUUUCCAAUUUAGGACUGUUGGGAAUUAACAAAAUUUAAUACAAAUCCAGAAUAAUCUUAAAAUGCUCCUUACCUUCUCCUGUCUCACCACAUGUAUAUAGACACAUCACACUUCUUCUCUCCUGUUCCUUCAGCUACUUGAAAAAAUUAGGCUUUGAGGAAAAAUUGUCCAGCCCUUAACAUUUAAUUGCUGACUUCUAAUCAUCUUGCAUUUUUUCCUCAUUUUUCCAAACUUUGUAGUUUAAGGUUGCUGAGAGUCCCAACAACAAAAAAAUGCUAAGAAAACUAUGAGCAACAUGCCUUCUUGCUACCUUUUACUGAUAUGUAAUCUAAAUCUUUUAGAAUUUAAAUCUGCUUCCUCUUUUUAAUUUUACUUAAUUACACCUGUUUCCUGUCUAAUAUCCGCACAGCUUCCUUGCUACCUGUGUUAUUGACCAAUGUUUGAUUUGUACCUUAUGAGUGCAUCUCAGCAUAGAUAUUUGUGGUAUUGACAGAAACACCAGUGAAAAUUUGAUUGAUGCUUUACCUCAUAAUUUUACCAUGACCUGCAUUUA